AUGUCACUGGAAGACCUGAGAAGGCGGGUGCUAGCAAAAAAUACAGGAAAAAAAGUAGAAGUUAAUCAGAGAGCCCUCAUCGACAAAAUCCUUGCCAGAUAUUGCACAAAUUUUGUAGUCUACAGAGAAUUGUUGCAGAAUGCAGACGACGCGAAGGCAUCAAGAAUAGAAAUAAACUUCCGGACCGAGGUUGUCGGUCAGAUUAAAGAACGUCCAAGUAACAGCAGCAACGAAUACAACGUAAUAGAGUUCAAAAACAAUGGCAGUCCAUUCAGUGAAAAAGAUUGGGAUCGGCUGAAGAAGAUUGCUGAGGGAAAUCCCGAUGAACAAAAGAUUGGUGCAUUUGGCGUUGGAUUUUACUCCGUAUUUUCCUUAUGCGAGGAGCCCUUCGUCUCUUCUGGUAGAGAAUGCAUGGCAUUCAGUUGGGAGGACGAUCUACUGAUUUAUAGACGUGAUGAAAUGGAAUCAAAUGUCGAAUGGACAACAAUUUUGAUGAACACGAGAGAGCCCAUGGAAAUCCCAGAUCUUGAACAAUUUGGAAACUUUUUAGUCACCUCGAUGGCCUUCACCGAAAACAUUCGUGAGAUAUCUGUAGCUGUAGACGAUAUAUCAAAAUUAAAUCUCUCUAAAAAAGUAGAGGAUUCGCACGCGAUGGAUAUCUCUAAAUAUACGACAGGCAUUUUGAGGAAUGAAAUGUUCCAUCUCAAAUCAGUCAAUUUGCAACACGUAAAAAUCGAAGCUACAAGCACCGUCAUAACACCAAACGUAAACACAAUCUCCAUUCGCACGGCAGCUGGGCAUUUGAAUGUACAUGUGACAAAAGAGUUCUCAGCAAAGAUGGAACGCAUCAUUAAAAAGAAACCGCCAAACGAGACUGCGAUUCAGAUGAUAUUUUCCGAAUUUAAUGAGAACGAGAACAGCAUUAAUAAUGGUAAUAUAUUUAAAGAUUUGGUUCCGCACACUGAACAAGGAAAGAUCUUUAUUGGAUUUCCCACAUCCCAAACUACCGGAUGUUCGUUACACUUGGCUGCAAGGGUUAUUCCUACGGUCGAGCGCGAAUCAAUUGACUUGGCCGAAAUAACCUUAGCCAAAUACAAUGGACAAAUGUUAUCGAUGGCUGGGGUACUUUCUCGUAUCUUGUAUGACUAUGAAAUCAAGAUGCUCUCUCCCGAUUGGAACAAUAAAUCUGUUUCUGAGGACACAAAAAUACCGCGAGCCGUGCACGCAUUUAAUCAAUUUACUUUUUACUCUAGCACGCCCAACAAGAAAGUAGGCGAAUUGAUAGAAAGCACUUUUUGGUCCAAAUCUCUUCCUGUCGUUUCCUCACAUGGCGUUCUUCAUAUUGCCGAAACGAAACUGCCUAACGAAGACAUGGAAGUCUUCAUCAAGAAAAUUCCUACGAUUCCGAAGAAAGUAUUUGCGGAUUGUCAAGGUUUCUUUAAGAAAGCCAAGAAACAGAAGAUGAUUACGGAAAUUACGCUAGAGGAUAUAUUGGAAAAGGAAUUGGGGAGAAGAACGUUGGAUGCAACAGAAAUGACAGCCUUGAUACUUUGGUGGAUUAAGUAUGUUACAGCAAACGAAGUGUCAGAAAAAAAGAAGGCUAAGUUUCUCGAUCUGGCUAAGCUUGUUUGGGAGAAUAAAACCUCAUCACUGGCCAAAUUCAAGUAUUUUCUGAAUAGUAGUUUGAUACCACCCACCAAUGAUUUCCCUGUCGAUAUGUUGCCAUAUUGUAUAAGUAAGAACAUUGGCUAUGAUUCACUCAAGAAACACUUUGGGUACAAAGCACUUCCGUUUCUUGUUUGGGUAGAAUUCAUGCUCAAAACAAAAUUGCAAGAACUCGAGUCUGAUGUCACGUUCGCUGAAACUUUUCUUGACAAUCUUAAACGUGCCUUUCAAAAUAUGUCCGAGUCCGAUAAAAGAAGACUUUUACGGUUGUUGCACGAUAAGAAAAUAAUUCCGACAAAAAAUGGCUUACGCAUUCCUGGCGAGGCAUACUUCCCGUCAGUGACUCUUUUCCCCGAUCUAUCAACGGUCAAAUUUCGAAACGAUCGAUCUAUUCUCCCUUACUGUGACCUUUUCGGAUUUCUCGGUGUUCGCCAUCAUGUCGAAUUAGGGGUGUUAUUAAAAUACUUGGAUGAUCCAGAGAAGGACUUGGAUCAUAUGGAAUUAGUAAAAUACUUAACUUCAAUAGCCGAUAAAUUGAAGCCAGAGGAACUGAAGAAACUACAAAAUGCUCAAAUAUGGCUACGUGAAGAAGAACAGGAUACCGAAAUCUCUGUGAAGAGAACCAGACAUAAAAUAUCGGAAUUGUAUGCACCGACUUCGGAAUUGAGAGGAUUAGCACUACCGAUUAUGGAAUGGAAAAAAUCGUGGUUAUUUAGGUCGAAAGAAGCCAACUUCCUAAUAAAUCUUGGCCUCCGUACAAGUCCGACCUUGCAACACAUACUCGCACUAGCCGCACCGCCAGCAAACCCCGAAUUCCGACGCAAAGCCUUUGAUUAUUUUAUCAAAAACAAGAAAAUCUAUUUGACAGAGUACAAGCCUUCUAAGAUAACCAUAGGAUUUCUUCCCUGUGUUGGCAAUAUCAAUGCUACCCCUUCCGACUGUUUCGUCAAUCCUGAAUGUCAAAUCAUGGGUUUUAAAGUUUUAUCUCCCGAUUAUGUCAGCUAUGCCGUAGAUGUGGGUGUGAGUCAAGAUCCACCAAUAUCAGAGCUUAUUAGAAAGUUGUCCCGUUUACGACUCAAAAAUGAAUACGAGGCGAGGAAGGUGUUUGAAUAUCUUGCGAACCGGCAGGGAGGGCCUGAGUGGAAAGCGUUGCGUCUUGUUAAUUUUAUUCCGGUAAAAGGCCAGUAUGUUAAUCCAAACAGUUGCUUCUUGCAAAGUGAGGAUGAGAGAGCGAAUUCAUUUCUCGAGUCAUGUGGUGUCAAACUUUCACCUUCGGCAGUAGAUCUUGCCAGGCUACUUGUAAAUUCCUCAGCCGAAUUUUGGACCAAGAUUGGCCAUGACGUAGAGAAGUACACAGCCGUUCUCCAAAUUAUAGCCACAAGUCUUCCUACGAUAAGACGUGAGCCUGGACUGAUCUCUGCGAUGCAAGUGUCGCCCAUUCUAUUAGGAAUCAAGAAAGUGUCUCCAUCUGGGAAAAGUUAUUGUCUAGAAAAGGCGAAUGAAAUUUUUUUGAAUGAUGACGAAACUAUUUGGGAAAUUUUUGGUGUUCCGACGUGCCCAUUAGAGAAUUUGCUUGAAAAGCUGUACGAGUACCUUGGUAGUCGCCGGCUAAGACAAUGUGUAAACAUCUCUUAUAAUUCGUUUGGCGAAGAAAGAACUUCUAAGAAGUCUGAAGAGCUCGAAUCUUUAAUCAAGGAUCGCGCAGAUUUUUUAUACCUCGAUCGCCCAGUUAACGACGUCAAUUAUAAUGCUUUUUGGGUGAAGCAGACUCUCCGUGUCGCAGAGGUUCAAGCGAUCCAAAAAACAUAUUACCUAACUACAAAGAGAGAAACUCAAAUCAGACAAACCUCGUGUUACUUGAAACCGGAAUUUACCUUAGUUACUGCUGGAAGCGAGCCUGAUUACAUAGCCCUCGCACAUACUUUGAGUGAAGUUAUUUAUAAGAAGCCGAAAGAAAUUGAUGUGCUGUCUCUGGUCACUGUUUUGACGUCAUCAGACGAAAUGUUGAGACGGUUGUGUCAAGUUGAUAGGAUUACGAAACCGAUUGUAGACGAACCGAAGAUAGUUGACAGGCAUAUUGUAGACGAACAGAAGAUGGUCGUCCAGAAAACGGUCGACAAUGGGGCUCAUCGGGAAAUGGGCACAUCAGCAGGGUGGGGGCAAAUGCCGAGAUUUAUUACUGAAAGAACUACGACAGUCGCACAGAUUUACGAUCGGAGCUACAUCAGUACCUUUGGGGUUGGCGAUAAUGAUUCUACUAUUGCCCCCUUCGAAUCAACGUCGGAAAAUUCCGUGACUUACCGUUCACGUGGGAGUAUUCGCACGACCGAAUCGAUAUCUGAAAUACAACACGUAAUUCACAAUUUGCAAGCGAGGAGGCCAAUGCCAAUGACAUUAGAGAAUACUACGAUAUUGACGACUGAUUUGCAGAAAGCUAUACGGUCUUGCAAGUCUAAUUCAAAAAGUGAUGUUCAUAGUCAAACGAUUGAAGGAUUGAAAAGUUAUUGCGACGCUGUGCCUCGUAAUUCCUUGAAAUUUGUACGAUCUUUCGCUAAAAUGGAUGUGUAUGCGACAGCCAAUAUCACUCGAGCAGAUCUUAAAAAGAAGAAUCUCAACACAUUUGUAAAGCUCCUCAAAGCGCUCCGUGAAGUGUUCGGACAUGAAUUGUCGUUGGACGCAAUACACGUUUUCUAUGAUGCUGAUGGAGAGUCAGACGCAUUUAAUCACAACCAAGCGUUAUUCUUCAACCUGCAUUAUUUUGAUGCCUCAAUCAAGGCAUUGAGUUAUGAUUUGAUGGUGUAUUGGUUCAUUUCAUUUUGUCAUGUGUUGGCGCAUAAUUUUGAGAAGUCGCAUAAUUCGAAACAUUCUUUUUAUUUCUCAUCGUAUGCCAGGAAUUACAUCCCAUCUCUUUACACUCAAUUGCAGCAACUUGGUUUGAUUUAA